UACAUUAAAUGAAAUACAUUAAUCGUCAAUGAAUAGCGAACUUUUAUUUUGACACAAUAAGCGGAGACAGCAACCGGAAGUCUCCUGCCAGCUUCAUACUGACCCCUGAAGUCUCCGGCAGUACUUCACUGGAACGAGCAAACAGAGAAGGUGGCUGCCCCCUAGUUGGACAGUUGAGGAGAAAUUUCCACGGCUUCAAGGUAACCAGGGGGGCUGCGUGAUCAUGCUGCGCCGGAAACCCACGCGUCUGGAGCUGAAGCUGGAUGACAUCGAUGAGUUUGAAAGCGUGAGGAAAGAGCUGGAGAGUCGGAAAAAACAGCGUGAUGAGGUAGAUGUUGUGGGUGUGGCUUCAUCGGGUGAAAUGGGAGGGGCAACGAGUGGAAGCAACGACGGGAAGACACGGGAGCAGAUGAUCAAUGAGCGCAUCGGUUACAAGCCCCACCCCAAGCCAAACACCUUGCCGUCUCUGUUUGGCAACUUGCAGUUUUAAGUGCUUUAUGGACACUAUUAAUGACUGUGACCUUUUCCAGGUCAUGGAUUCUGGACUAUAAAUAUUAUCAACAGAAGGAAGGUUGUUGGUUCUAAACUGUGCUGUAUACUCAUCUGCUUCCGUUAGUCAUUUUAUUUCUUUAAUUCAGUUGGAUUCAAAGCUAGAUCAGAAUUUGCAUAACCAGGCCAACAAUGGAAGUUUAUAUAUAUAUAUGUAUAAAUACUGCAGUUUGAUAUUGCAUAGUUUACUUAAUUUCAAUAAAGUGUGUUUUGUCA